AUGCUGGCCUGGCAGGACGGCGGGGCCAAGGCGGCUCCCUCCGCCCCUAAGCUCUCCUUCUCCGUCCUGGACAUCCUGGACCCGCAGAAAUUCACUGGCGCGGCGCUCCCGGCCCUGCGCCCUGCUCCCCGGGAAGCCAAGAAAAGUUUGGCGGAGGCCGGAGCGGGGGAGGAUGCGGGCUCCGGGGACCAGGCCGGCCCGCGCGAGACCCCUGAUGCUGAGGACCCGGGCGCGGAGGCGGCGUCGCCCCUGGAGUGUUCGGAGGACGCGGAGGAGGAGGAGGAGGACCCCGAGGAUGCCGGCGGGCGGCGGCGGGACCGGGCAGCGCGCCUGCAGGCGGGCCCGCCGAGCUCCCCGGAGGCGCGGACCGCGGCGUUGGCGGCCGGGGAGGGCGGCGCGGGCGGCCAGGCGGGCUCCCCGGGCUCCCCGGGCUCCCCGCGGCCGCGGCGCCGACGCACGGAGCCCAGCUGCGCCCGGCCGAGGCGCGCGCGCACCGCCUUCACCUACGAGCAGCUGGUGGCCCUGGAGAGCAAGUUCCGCGCCACGCGCUACCUGUCGGUGUGCGAGCGCCUGAACCUGGCGCUGUCGCUCAGCCUCACGGAGACGCAGGUCAAAAUCUGGUUCCAGAACCGCAGGACCAAGUGGAAGAAGCAGAACCCCGGCGCCGACGGCGCGGCGCAGGCGGGGGGCGGCGCGGCCCAGGCCGGGGCUCCCGGGGCGGCAGCGGGGAGCAGCGGCGGCUCGGGGGGCAGCCCGGGUCCCCCAGGCCCAGGCGCGCCGCCCUUCCAGACUUUUCCCUCCUACUCCGCGGCCAACGUGCUCUUCCCCGCCGCCGCCUCCUUCCCGCUGACGGCCGUCGCCGCCGCCGGGGGCCCCUUUGCGCCCUUCCUCGGGCCCCCCUACCUGACCCCUUUCUACGCCCCUCAUCUGUGAGCUCGCAGCCCCGCGGGCCGCCGCUUCACGGGUCUCUCGAGUGAGUGGCGUCGCCGAGAGGCCCCCGCUCCGCCGCGGGGCACCGAGGCGCAGGGGCGCCCCUCCCGGUGC